GUUAACCUUACAAUAUUUAGACAAAGUUGUAGGUAGUUAAAUUUUAUAAAAACAAAGCAACGAAUAAAAUUAAUCACAUUUUAAAGAGAUAUUUAAUUAAAUGUAUUAGUGGUUUUAAAUGAAUAACGGAAACGUGUUUGACGAUGCCCUUUUUAACAUUUUGAAGGAAUGCAAAACCCUCCCAACAUUUUUAGACACAAUUUUUGGUUUUCUCCGCCGUAGGACUGACUUUUAUGUUGUUGCUGUAGACCCCAUAUCUCCAAUAGGACUACCUCCUGGCUGGGCUGAAAAUUUGGUCAAACAGGCUUUUUUAAAAUAUAAACCACAUAACAAACGUGAUACAGAAACUCUACCUGAAAGUCAAGUACCUUUACCAACAGUUGAAACAGAAGUUGUAACCUCCAGUAUUGAAGAUCAAAAUAAGAGCGACUUAAAUGGAAUAGACAUCAGUGUAAAUAAAUGCAUUAAUGAAGAAUUAAAGGAAAAAUCGAAUUUCCAUUCCUCAGAAAGUUACAAUGGUGCUGUGUAUAAUAACUACUCAUGGUCCCAAACAAUAACAGAUGUAGAUGUAGUUAUAAAACUACCUGAAAAUUUGACAACUAAAAAUUUAAAUGUUGACAUUGGGCCCCAAAAAAUUGAUAUUACUUUAAAAGGAACAGGUGAAAGUUUGUUUUCUGGAAUUCUGUGUCAGAAAAUUAAGUAUAAUGAUGUGCUAUGGGCUUUGGAUAAAAGAAAAUUAAAUAUUCACUUAGAUAAGGUACAGGAAAUGUGGUGGAACUGCUUGUUACAAAAUGAACCAAAGUUGGAUAUUUCUAAAAUUGAUUGCUCAAGACCAUUUGAAGAACUUCCAGAAGAUGCACAGGCUAAAAUCGAAGAGCUGGCUUGGAAUCAGGAAAGGAAAAUACAAGGUCUUCCUACAAGUCAAGAACUGGCAAUGCAAGAGACUUUAAAAAAAGCAUGGAAUGCUGAGGGUUCCCCUUUUUCAGGUCCUUUUGAUCUUAGCAAAGUUGAAAUUAACUGAUUUCAAAUUGAUUUUAUCGUUUUUAAAAAUUUUAAAAGCAAUCAUGAACAUUUUAAUUGUAAUUUACAAAUGCCAACUUUAUUUUUUUUUACAUUUUUCUUUUUACAAAAAUAAUACAGCAAGUACAAAGAACCAAUCGUACAUUUAUUUCUGCAAAAUUUUAGGAACUCCUUACAAAAUAUAUUAAUUAAUAAACAAUCACAUACGUUUAUUGGAAAAAACACCGUUCACUAAUAAAUAAUAACAGUAAAACAGACAAACAAACGGUAUAAUAUAUAUUUUAUAAUCUACAUUCGUUUUUA